AUGUCCUCCAACGACACCACCAACACCACCAACACCUCAACCAACACCUCCACCCUAAAAUCCUACCUCGACCAAGCCACCGGCGUCGCCCAACGCGCCGUCGGCUCCCUAACCGGCGACUCCUCCACCCAGUCCACCGGCGAAUCCACCCAAUCAACCGGCAAAGCCGAGCACGACGCCAGCCACACCACCGCAAAGGUCGGCCCCGUGACUACCGACCCCUCCACCGGCACCACGGCAACCGACCACCCUCAACGCAACAACGGCAGCUGGGACCAGACCGUCGGAUCGGCAAAGGAGUCAUUGGGCAAUUUGAUUGGGAACGAGGGACUGCGUAAGGCGGGCCAGGAGCAGAACCAGGCUGGGAAGGAAGCGGAGGCGGAGGGACAGGUUAGGGAUUGGGGGGAGGGCGUUAAGGGCAGGGUUGCCGGGGGUGUAGGGAAGGUUGCGGCCGCGGCGACGGGGGAUGAGGAGGAGGAGAAGAGAUGGAAGGAUGUGCAUGAUGAGGGGAAGGUGAGGCAGAGGGGGGUGGAGAGGGAUGUGGAGAGGAGGUAUUAA